CCGCUCUCCAACGCCGCCGAAGCCCUAAAGCGCCGCUCACCUCCAGUCCGUCCCGCCCACCACCCAAGCCCUCCGCCGCACGCUUGCCGGACCCGUCCGAGAGCUCUCCCACCCGCGCGGCGGGUCUCCGCUUCGCCCCCUUCCUGUUAGCCAUAUGACGAGGACCAACGGCGCGAGUGGCGGCGGCGGCGGCCAGCAACAGGCCUCGGCGGCGGGGAAGCUCCCCCGGAAGCGGUUCUACCGCGCCCGGGCGCACAGCAACCCGCUCAGCGAUUCGCACUUCCCGGUCCCGGUGUCGCCCGACGAGUUCGACCUCUCGGAGCACUACCCGCGCUACUUCCCGGCCGAUAAGGGUAGCGGCGAGGAGGCGCCGCCGCCGCCGCGGAUCCGCUUUGCUGAUGUGGGAUGCGGGUUCGGUGGGCUGCUUGUCGGCCUCGCACCCCUCUUCCCGGACACGCUCAUGAUCGGCAUGGAGCUGAGGGACAAGGUAACUGAGUAUGUCAAGGAGAGGAUAUUAGCUUUAAGAGCAUCAAACCCAGGACAGUACGACAACAUAUCUGUCGUGCGCACCAACUCAAUGAAGUACAUCCCAAACUAUUUCAGGAAGGCUCAGCUCACCAAGAUGUUCUUCCUGUUCCCUGAUCCUCACUUCAAGGAGAAGAACCACCGAAGGAGGGUUAUCAGCAUGCAGUUGCUUGAUGAGUAUGCUUAUGUGAUGGAAGUGGGAGGAAUCAUUUAUACUAUCACCGAUGUUGAGGAACUUGGAGAGUGGAUGCGGUCGUGUCUGGAGAAACACCCACUGUUUGAGCCUGUUCCAGAAGAAGAGAUAAAAGCCGAUCCAGUUGUCAAGUUACUGUCUACUGCCACGGAAGAAAGCCAGAAGGUUGCCAGAAAUGGAGGGCAAACUUUCCAUGCCAUCUUCAGGCGGAUCUCCUUACAAGAAUAAGUUCCUUCAGACUCCUAGUGCACUUCCCUAGAUUGUGUUACAUGUAUUUGUGCCAUUUUUAUACACUUCUGUAGCGGAAGUUUUGCUGUUUGGGGGUGUACUGAGUGUGCGUUUGGUAGAGCUCCAUGUGAUUCUGAUUCUCUAUGGGAGCUGAUUCUCUGAGAGAAGUGAUUCUGUGACUGAAAGUGAUUCUCUUUGAUUCUCUAGCAUAAACUCUUAAAAUCAGGAUGGAGAAUCACUUCACAGAAUCAGGAGAAGCUACUUUUUUUCAGCUCCCAGCCUCUUAGUUCAUUUCAAAGAAUCACUUCACAGAACAAGUAGAGAAUCACUUCUUCCUGAAAAAUUGUUAUGCAAAGCUCUUGCUGGAUUCAGCAGAGAAUCAACUCUGGGAGCUCUGCCAAACGUACCCUGAUACUGAAUAUUGCUUUCAAAGGUUCUGCAGACCCUGAUGUUUAGGUCAGUUCUAAGAGCUUUUACCAGGAUGAUUGCUAUGAGUUAACUGUCAGAAUCAGUCAAAACUACUGUUGUUGCUACC